AUGGGGCACACUUCCGACUCGGAAGCCUCCAAACGAAAGCGUGACGUUGAUGAUGCUGGUGGUCAACCAGGACGUGCCCAGCUUGCACCCGCAUCCGCAUCCCUACAGCAAGGCAUCCCCGGCUACAUCCACUAUCUCCCAAGGUCAAACACCUCUCACUUGAGUCUAAUACAAGGUGAUGGCGAUACCUUUGCCGAUAUCCUCGGUCUCAUCGCCGAAUACGAAGCCACUCUCGACAGGCACGAGAGCCUUGCAUCAGGUCUCGGAGCCAAGUUGACUGGCCCACGCCUUCUCAGGGGCAUUGAGAAAUUUUUUGAUGGGCCAAUCAAAACCACACCUCUUCAGCCUUUCUCCAACCCCAUCAGUUGGCUGGAUGUGGUCAUUUACGCAAGAUCCAACCCCAAAGACUUCAAUCUUGUCCCCAAGCCGGAUGGUUCUAGAUGCUGUCAGUUCCUACUCAAGGGCUCUCAGGUCGAAAUCACCGAAGAUGACUGGCGUCUGGUUUGGUCAGGCGCUCUUGACCGCUUCCCCCUUGACCACCCCCUUGAGGAAGAUGAAACGGCGGAAAUGGCGACGCUAGAUAUUCUCGAGCAGAGAACAUCCAUUCUAUACAAGAAGGCUGACGAGGUCGCGGCAAGGGCUCGCAUUCUCAACCACCGGCUUGGACAGAGAAAGCAGGACAUUCGCCGGCGCCGAAACGCGCAGGAUCCUUCUUCAAGGUUUCCAGCUAACAGUGCCAACCAAAGAGGCUCAAAUUUCGGUUCAGGAUACGAUUUACAUGCGGACCUUCUUCAGCAGUUUCUCACUGCCUCCACCUCGCCACCUCCUUCACGAUCGACAUCCGUAACUGGAGUGCCCCUUACCACUCUCAGUCAGCCAUCGCCAUCUCACAGUACAACGUAUACCCAGACUCAUGUUCCUCGCUUCUCUGGACACUCGACGGAGUCCUUGAUGCAGCCUGCGGUUGACAGCAGAGAGACUGCCUUUCGAUCUCUUAUCACGCAGAGGACAGAUCAACUGGGCAAAGGUGAUGCGAUCAACCCUCCCUGCGACCGAUGCCGGCGCUUGCGAGUGGAAUGCAUCAAACAUCUGACGGCCUGUUCAGGUUGUACCAAGAAGCAUGCAAAGUGCAGCUGGAAGACGGUCACGGACGAGGAGUUUCGGCGGCUCAAGCGGGAGAUGGGUCUCCGGGACGAAAUGGAUAUUGACGGACAGUCAGAGGCCGGACCA